AUGAUUGACAAAAAAAGGGGAAUUGUCCUUAAGAUCCUUCAAGUAAUAGCCGUUCUUUUCCAUUUGUUGCAGGUGGUACGGUUGUGUCAGAACCCAAAGCUGGCGUUAAAGAAUAGUCCACCUUAUAUCUUAGACCUGCUGCCAGAUACCUACCAGCAUCUCCGUACUGUCUUGUCAAGAUAUGAGGGGAAGAUGGAAACACUUGGAGAAAACGAAUAUUUUAGGGUGUUCAUGGAGAAUUUGAUGAAGAAAACUAAGCAGACCAUAAGCCUCUUCAAAGAGGGCAAAGAAAGAAUGUAUGAGGAGAAUUCCCAGCCUAGGCGAAAUCUAACAAAACUGUCCCUGAUCUUCAGUCACAUGCUGGCAGAACUAAAAGGCAUUUUCCCAAGUGGACUCUUUCAAGGAGACACAUUUCGGAUCACUAAAGCAGAUGCUGCAGAAUUUUGGAGAAAAGCUUUUGGGGAAAAGACAAUAGUCCCUUGGAAGAGCUUUCGCCAGGCUCUACAUGAAGUACAUCCCAUCAGUUCUGGGCUGGAGGCCAUGGCUCUGAAAUCCACUAUUGAUCUGACCUGCAACGAUUAUAUUUCAGUUUUUGAAUUUGACAUCUUUACGAGACUCUUUCAGCCCUGGUCCUCUUUGCUCAGAAAUUGGAACAGCCUCGCUGUAACUCACCCUGGCUACAUGGCUUUUCUAACAUAUGAUGAAGUGAAAGCCCGGCUUCAGAAAUUCAUACACAAACCUGGCAGUUACAUCUUCCGGCUGAGCUGUACUCGUCUGGGUCAGUGGGCUAUUGGAUAUGUCACUGCUGAUGGGAACAUUCUCCAGACAAUUCCUCAUAACAAACCUCUCUUCCAAGCACUGAUUGAUGGCUUCAGGGAAGGCUUCUAUUUGUUUCCUGAUGGAAGAAAUCAGAAUCCUGACCUGACAGGCUUAUGCGAACCAACUCCCCAAGAUCAUAUCAAAGUGACACAGGAACAAUAUGAAUUAUACUGUGAGAUGGGAUCCACCUUCCAACUGUGUAAAAUAUGUGCUGAAAAUGAUAAGGAUGUAAAAAUUGAACCCUGUGGACACCUCAUGUGCACAUCCUGUCUCACAUCCUGGCAGGAAUCAGAAGGUCAGGGUUGUCCUUUCUGCCGAUGUGAAAUCAAAGGUACCGAGCCUAUUGUGGUAGAUCCGUUUGAUCCUAGAGGAAGUGGCAGUCUACUGAGGCAAGGAGCAGAAGGAGCUCCCUCACCAAAUUAUGAUGAUGAUGAUGAUGAACGAGCUGAUGAUUCUCUCUCCAUGAUGAAGGAAUUGGCAGGUGCCAAGGUAGAAAGGCCUCCCUCUCCAUUCUCCAUGGCCCCACAAGCUUCCCUUCCUCCGGUGCCACCACGACUUGACCUUCUUCAACAGCGAGUAUCUGUUCCUCCAAGCUCAUCUGCUCUGGGACCUUGUUCCAAGGCUGCUUCUGGCUCCCUUCAUAAGGACAAACCGUUGCCAAUACCUCCUACUCUUCGAGAUCUUCCACCACCACCCCCUCCAGACCGGCCAUAUUCUGUUGGAGCAGAAGCCCGGCCUCAGAGACGCCCCCUACCCUGUACACCAGGCGAUUGUCCAUCUAGAGACAAACUGCCUCCUGUCCCCUCCAGCCGCCUUGGGGACUCUUGGCUGCCCCGGCCAAUCCCCAAAGUACCAGUAGCUACUCCAAGCCCCAAUGACCCCUGGUCUGCACGAGAACCAACCAAUCGGCACUCCCUUCCAUUUACACUGUCCUCACAAGUGGAGCCCAGAGCAGAGGCGCCAAGGCUUGGAAGCACAUUCAGUCUGGAUAACUCCAUGAAUAUGAAUAGUGGCCCAUUAGCAGGCCCAGAAUGUGAGCAUCCCAAAAUCAAACCAUCUUCUUCUGCUAAUGCUAUUUAUUCUCUGGCAGCUAGUAUAUAUUGCCAGAAUGGUGAAGGGAAUUUGGCUGCAGCCCACACCAACACUGGCCCUGAAGAGCCAGAAAAUGAGGAUGAUGGGUAUGAUGUCCCGAAGCCCCCUGUACCUGCUGUGCUGGCCCGCCGAACGCUCUCAGACAUCUCUAAUGCCAGCUCCUCCUUCGGCUGGUUAUCUCUGGAUGGUGAUCCCGCUACAAACUUCUCUGAGGGUUCCCAAGUUCCUGAGAGGCCCCCCAAACCAUUCCCUCGGCGAAUCAACUCUGAACGAAAAGCAAGCAGCUGUCAACAAGGCGGUGGUGCCACUGCUGCCCCUGGCACUGCCCCCUCACCACAGCUCUCCAGUGAGAUUGAGAGCCUCAUGAGUCAGGGCUACUCCUACCAGGACAUUCAGAAAGCUUUGGUCAUUGCCCACAACAACAUUGAAAUGGCCAAAAACAUCCUCCGAGAGUUUGUUUCUAUUUCAUCUCCUGCUCAUAUAGCCACCUAGCACAUCUCUCCCUGCCGUGGCUUCAGCGGACCCAUAAGCCAGGCUCAAGGAGCACCAAGGAGGGCAGAGGUUUCGUUGGGGACUUAGGUGAGGUCCUGCCCUCUCUACAGGGAUCAUGAGGUGCCCAUGGUUCCAAGAUUUCAAAGCAGUGGAGUGAAAAUGGAGCAGCUAGUCUUCUCUUGUAUCGGUCUUGAGUGUAUUUGCAGGUGCCCUUCAGUUCCCACUUGGAGAGAGAAUGGAGUGGAUUUUUAUUACAUGGUAGCCUACCUGGGGAGCUGGCCCCAAGCAGCAGAACAAGCGUUGUUUUCUAAACCCU